UCCCAGCGUGUCCCAUCCCGGUUCCCAGCGUGUCCCAUCCCCGCAUCCCCGGUUCCCAGCGGGCGGAGGCGCUGGCUCGGUGCCUUCCCCGCCUCUCCCGAACCCUUCCAUGACCCGCCUGCCCCGCGGGCUCGGCGGGCAGGGCCGGGGCAGCCGCCCCACCUCACCCCACCCAGGGCUCCCAUUGGCGCGGAUGAAAGUCCAGCACCUCGGGCUGCUAUAAAUGCACCUCAGCUCGCCCGGGGGCCGGCACCGCGGCCAUGGGCGGCUGCAGCAUCCUCCUCCUCCUGCCCCGCCGGCUCCCCGGGCGCACCUGCGGCCGCGCCGCCUCCUCGCUGAGCGCCCUGCGGCCGGCGGAGACGCUGCCCGGGCCGCCCGGCUGGCCGCUCAUGGGCAGCCUGCCCGACGUGCUCUGGAAAGGGGGGCUCAAGAGGCAGCACGAGACGCUGGCUCAGUACCACCGGAGGUUCGGGAAGAUUUUCCGCAUGAAGCUGGGCGCGUUCGACUCGGUGCACAUCGCGGCUCCCUGCCUGCUGGAGGCUCUGUACCGCCGCGAGAGCGCCUGCCCCCAGCGCCUCGAGAUCAAGCCCUGGAAAGCCUAUCGCGACUAUCGCGACGAGGGAUACGGGCUGCUCAUCCUGGAGGGAAAGGACUGGCAGAGGGUGAGAAGCGCCUUUCAGAAGAAAUUAAUGAAGCCCAGGGAGGUUGUGAAGUUGGAUACGGCGAUCAAUGAGGUCCUGGAGGACUUUAUGUACAGAAUAGAUGAAAUUUGUGACCACAAUGGACAGAUGGAAGACGUCUAUUCAGAAUUCAACAAAUGGUCUUUUGAAAGUAUCUGUCUGGUGCUGUAUGGAAAGAGGUUUGGCCUCCUGCAGCAGGACGUGGAGGAAGAAAGUCUGAACUUCAUCAAGGCUGUAAAAACGAUGAUGGCCACGUUUGGGAUGAUGAUGGUGACCCCCGUGGAGCUGCACAAGGGGCUCAACACCAAAGUCUGGCAAGCUCACACCAAGGCAUGGGAUGAUAUAUUUAAAACAGCCAAGCACUCCAUCGACUGCAGGCUGCAGAAGCACUCGGGGAACCCCCAGGAGGAUUUUCUGUGUGACAUCUACUCGGGGGGACACCUGUCCAGGAAGGAGCUCUAUGCUGCCAUUGCAGAGCUGCAGAUCGCCGGCGUGGAGACGACAGCCAACAGUUUGCUGUGGGCUCUGUACAACCUUUCCCGCAAUCCACACGUCCAGGAGAAGCUUUUCCAGGAAAUCCAGAGAGUUUUGGCUGCCCAGGAGAGCCCAAGUGCUGAGAGCCUGAGGAAUAUGCCUUACCUAAAAGCCUGCCUGAAAGAAUCCAUGAGAUUAACCCCAUCAGUGCCUUUCACCACUCGCACCAUCGACACAGAAAUGGUUCUGGGAAAUUACGUGCUGCCCAAAGGGACGGUGCUGCUGAUCAACAGCCACGCCCUGGGCUGCAGCGAGGAGCAUUUCAGGGGCUGGCCGGAGUUCAGGCCCGAGCGCUGGCUGCGCAGGGGCUCCGUCCAUCCCUUCUGCCACGUGCCCUUCGGCCUGGGCAAGAGGAUGUGCGUGGGGCGGCGCCUGGCCGAGCUGCAGCUGCACCUGGCCCUCUGCUGGCUGCUCCGUAAAUUCCACGUGGUGGCCACGGACAGGGAGCCGGUGGAGACGCUGCACUCGGGAAUCCUCAUCCCCAGCCGGGCGCUGCCCAUCGCCUUCCAGCCACGAGCAGGUUGCAAAAAAUAAAGGACAGCCCUGCUGCUGCCUCCUCUUAAGAGAGAGACAUCAGCUGUGGAAGUCAAGCUCUGGAGGUGCAGAAGAAGAACUGGAAGAAGAAGGGAAGAACUUCUGCAGAAGAAGAAGAAAGGAAGAACUGCACCCUUGAGCAGCUCC